CAGACGUUGGCAGCGAGGCUCGGCGCGGCGCAUGGAGGCUGCAGCGCGUAGCCCACUCCACCCGGCGCCAGAAGCCACCUGAGGCCCACUGGGGCACUGCUGCUGGAGGGCGCUGCUGCCGGGGCGCAAGAACGGCGCAGGAGGUGCUGCGUCGGCCGGCCAGACCCGCCGUAUAUUUAGUGGCGCAGUGACGGUGGAGAGGCUGAGGGUGUCGCGAGGAGGGCGGGGGCACUGGGGGGCAGGCACGCGCCAGGGAGGGGUAUCAAGAGAGUGGGAAGGGCAGGGGGCGUCACGCCAGGGCAGGGGCGGCUAGCUGGCUCAGCUCAGUGGCUCUCAGUGCCAGCGGGUCUGGCGGUGUGAACGUGUGGUCCAUGUGAUGAGUGAACAGCCGCCUCAGGAUGGACCGCCACCCGGGACGCCCACCGGGGACGUCCUGCCUGAGCUCCUCGUGCAGGAGCAGGACCAUCUGGACCUGCAGGAGGAAGAAGAGCAGCAGCACCAGCAUCAGAAAUUGCUGCAGGCGGAGGAUGCUGACGGCGGUCACAGCAUGACUGAUGAAGAAGACGUGAGAAAAAUGUCACAAGAUUCAUUAAUUUCCGGGAGCGGUCGGGGCUCACCUCUCCUGCGACCCACCGGGCCCCGCCGCUACCAGGACUCUGACUCGUGCCCCAGCGUGUCGCCCAGCCCCGACCCAGAGUCUCGCCUUCAGACCUUUGACUUCAGCCCAGCCGAAGAGCCGGCGGCGAGUGGCGGCAUCACCGCGGCCCUGCAGACCGAGAGGGAGUUUUUGGAUUUUAUGUUGUCUCUUCCGCAAGUACAAAAAGAAGGACCUGGACGACCUCCCCCGGCAAAGAAAGAGGGGGCCUCUCGCCCCCCUCAGAAACAAGAAGGACCAAAGCCAGUUCACGAGGAGGAGCCGCCCCCCCAGCGGGCACAAUCAGAACAGAGGAGUUCCAGCCAGGCUCCAGCCUCCCUCGGGGGCGUCGUCAGCACCAAGAUGGGUCUGGAUCACCUUGAUAAUUUGUGCCGCAUGAUGGAGCAGCUUGGCGACCUUAAAGAGCAAAACUCUCGUCUACAGCGUCGUGUCCAUUAUCUAGAGGAGCUACAGACACUACAGGAGAUGCAUCGACACCUACAGGAGACCUUGGAGGCUCGCCGCUCAGGACUUGGAUUGAAUUCAGUUCACUUAUCGGAUUCCGACCCCCACCUGGAUGACGAAGGCGAAGGCGGCCGCGGCGGCAUGUCGCGCCACGGCUCGGAGGACAGCCUGCUGCUGCUGAGCCACCACCUGCCCAGCAAAGGUAAGACCCGCGCCGCGUCUGCGAUGACCCGCUUGCGCAGCAAAUCAGUAGGGACCGAACUGCUUGACCCUGUACCCAAAACGAAGGUGUCAGGCUGGAAAAGAGUGCGAGAGGCCCUGAAAUGGGAACGUGCCACCCUCCUGCCCCCCGCGCCCACCCCAGCCACUGCCACCAGUGCCCACCACCCUACAUCCUCCCCCCAGCCGUCCCCCAGUCCCCACUCCGUUACCCUCCAGGACCAGUUCUUCCGACCCCCAUCCUCGUCCUCGUCGUCCAGUGUACUCACCGAGGUCAUGACUGAGGAAGAUCUACUCUGCUUCUACCGCCAAGUCAUCGACAUGAGCCAGUUGAUCGAGCUCCCGGAGUCCCCCGUCAGGCGGCACUCCACCGUUGAGGACGACCGCCGCGCCGCCACCCUCGAGCGGGACCCCCCCACGCCCGCCCACGACAAGGAGAAGAAAGGCCACCGCUCAGCAUGGGGCAUGGUAGGUCAUCUGAAGCCAAGGUGGACCAACUGGGGACGAGGUGGACCAGCUGGGAUCAAGGUGAAGAACAUGAUCAGCACGCGGCGGGACAGCGUGAGGAAGAAGUCGACGUCCUCACACCGCAAGUCGACGGUGGAGCGCCCGGGCCAUGACUCUCACGCCAGGAUCGCCGUCGAGGUCUCCGCUGCCUCAGACCCAGAGGACUACGAUGUGGAUUACGACGGCCACGGAGGAGAGUCGGUGGAUCCUGCGGGCCUGGCGUGCUACGAAAUGGACGGCAGCGAGGGCGACUGGGAGCUCGGGGGCGUGUGGGUGGGGCCGCGUGAGGAGGAGCUGCCGCCGGUGCCUAACCCCACCACCAGCCUGGGUGUGCGUCGCUCCAAGCCGCAGCUCACCAUCACCGUGCCCUCCAGCGAGGACCUCAGCCACAUGCAACCGGAAAGAGGGGCGCCCCGACCUCCCCCGAGAUCCCCCGAGGUCCGCCGAAGGAAAAUAUCUCCCGCUCAGCUGGAUAUCCGGACGCCCCUCCUCCUCCCCCGAACUCCCCCGUCCCCACGCCGCGCCUCCCACUGGACCAAGGUGAAAAAGGCGUUCCUGACGGGCCAGCAGCACCAGCACAUGAAGGCAGAGAUGCAGGGGGGCGGCUCAGCGUCCCUCCCGCCCUCCCCGAGCAAGAAGACCGCCUUCCACUUCGAUGCCACUCCACCCCACCACCUCUGUGAGCCAGGUGUGGGCGCCGCGGCCAUGUACGACUCCAGCUCCCCCAGCAUGUCUCUUGAGGCCUCUCCCGACCCCCUCGCCUCCCACAGCCACAGCAACUCCACGCCCUCGCCGCAGCCCCACGCCACGCCCUCGCCGCAGCCCCCGCACGGAGUGCACAGGAAUCUCGUCGACCUUCAGAAGAGCCUCAGCGGGGAGUUCAACCGCCGCCUGAUGGAGUGGGAAAAGCUGAAGAGCGGCGCGGGUCAGGGCCCCUCCCCGUCUGGCGCGGCGGGGGCCGCCGCCCCGCCCUCUCACCCUGAAGAAAACCUGCCCCACGAGUUCCGCAAGAAACUGCACGAGUGGGAGAAAAUGAAGGAGCGGGAAAGAGAACGGGGCAAACCCGAACUCCCGCGGGGCCAGGAGGACGUGAAGACCAAGAUGCACGGCGAGGACGACCUUCCUGCAGACUUCAAGAAAAAACUGACAGAGUGGGAAAUCCGGAAGGCUCUGGCGGGCAAGAGUCAGCAGAAUGUGGAGGAGCUGCAGAAGAACCUCGGCGAAGAAUUCAACCGCAAGAUGGCAGAGUGGGAGAGAAUCAAGGCCUCAGCCUCUCAAGGCCACAUAAAACCUACAACGGGUCACCUACAGGUCAAACCUUCCUCCUCCGCCGGCUCCAUAGAGGCCAAGCCCACAACCCCGCCAAGCCAGGUGGCUCACAAGUCUAGCAGCAUCUCCGCCCAGGGCCAGAUAAAAGGCUCUGCCUCCAUAAGCCAGGUUAUAGCAAAGGGACCCGUGGGAGGUCCCGGCGCCAGCCCCAGACUGGACAGGAAGGGCUCCGGACACAAGAUCAAGAAGAGCAAAUCCAACAAGAGCGACAAAGUUCCCGUGAGCAAGGCUGAGGGCGGCCACAAGGGGCGGGGCAAGUCGGCCAAGGAGCUGCAGUGGCUGGAGAAGGAGCUGCUCAAGGUGGAGAGGGAGACGCAGAGGCUGGAGAGGGAGAAGGAGAAGUUCCUCGAGAGACAAGCAAGACUGGAGAAAAUGCGCCAAGCCAUGGGUCGCGGCGGUCCGGCCAAGAAGAAGGAAAUCUACAUCAAAACGUCGACGGGAGAGUUCCGCUUCGAGGGCAUCAGCCAGACGUUCACCAAGAAGCUGUACGAGUGGGAGGAGCGGCGGGGCAUCAGGCCAGAGUCGUCCACCAUCGCCCUGCUCGACCCCAACUACAAGGCGCCCGAGAAGGAGGUGCAGGAGAAACCCAAGAGUCCUGAGCUCGUCCGUCUCGUGAGGUCCAAAUCCGAGUCGUCGAUGGUGGCUGACCUGGUGGGGCCGCCGACGCUGCCCUCCCGCGCCUCCAGCCUCUCCCUGGGCGAGAUGGAGACGGACGAGGCGGUCCUGCAGGCAGAGAACAAGGCGGCGAGCGAGCCUACCCUGGCGGCGGAGGACUCAGCCUCUCCGAAGGUGGCGGUGUUGGUGCAGCUGGAGGAGGUGGUGGACGAACCCGCCGCCCUGCACGAGCCCGCCCCGCCCUACGCCCCCGCGGAGAUCACGAGGAACAUCGACUCUUCUGGCAGCGAGGAGGACGUGACGCGAAGGCGCCGUGCAGACGACGACGACGAUGACUUGGCCACGGGUCUGCAGCGGAAUGACAGUGGCCGAGGACAACAGUCGUAUCGCUCGCUGCUGCACGAGAACAUGAGUCUCCUCGACAAGCUCCGCCAGCAGGAGGACCUUUGCCGGGCGCUCGAGAGUCAGAUGGGGGACAUCGACUCCAAGAUGGACAACGUGGCCGACCAGCACCUCAGAACCCUGGAGAAGCUACACCGCCAAGUGACCAUCAUGAAGGAUUCCAGCGCCACCUCCUACGACCCCGAGGAUGAGGCAUCCUGCGGCGGCGCAGAGGACGCUGAAGCCAACCAGCGGCUGAUCAGCCAACUCAAAUCCCGCAUCGUGGAGCUGGAGAUGCGCGGCGACCACCUCAUGAACGAGAAAGAGCAGCUGGAGCGUGCCUUCAAGUUGCACAAGGACCAUGAGACCGAGAUCGCAGAGUCUUUGGUGGAGAGGAUCCGCGAGCUGCAGGACGCGGGGGCCGAGGUCAACAUAACGACCGUCAACAGUGACCUUGGAGCCGCCCAGGAGGGAAGCAUGGUGGUGGAUGAGCAUCUUAGCGAAGGGAUAAACAAGGAAAUCGAAGCCAAGGAAGAAGCUGAAAAGGUGUCCCUGCAGAAUGUGGAGAAAGAAAGGGAGAAAAGAAGAAAGAGCUCGCGUGAGGUGGCUGGUGGGCACGACGGCGAGGUGGGGAGGCGAGACGGUCGAUCCCGUGAGCACCGCAAAGUGAAGAAGGUUCCCCCGAAGAAGGUACAGAAGCUCCACAACCUGACGGGGGAUCUGCUCUUCCAGGCCAAGCGACUGGAGCAAGCACUGGUGUCCAAACACGCCCUGGACCGCCGCGGGACGGGAGGCUCAUCCCUGCCCACCGCCUACCGCCAGCGGAGUCUCCGGGGUCGGUCCUCCCUGCGUCUGGCGGGAGACACGGCCACGCCCCCCCGCCGAGGCAGGAACAACCCCGCCCGCACCUGGUCUUCCAUCGAGGCCAUCACCUUCCCUGCUGAUUCACAGGGAUCCGGUGAGGUGGAGGGCGCGGCGGCACAAGGGACCGCGGGAGCCGAGGAGCCGACGGAUGGCAGGAGUCACCGGAGCCAGGCGUCUUUCAACCCGUACUCCUGUGACCCUCAGGACCUGCUGGCCAUGAACGCCGAGCUCAGCCGAAUGGCGAAGGAACUGCGACUUGAAAUGAUGAAAAUGUGGAGCUUCAGAGAUUCCACGUCUCCGGAGUCGGUGACGUCAGAGCCCAUGUCGGUGCAGGACAUGGAGGAGAACACGAACACGGCUGAGAAGGACCGUCUGGUGGCCGAGGCCAACGAAGUCUUUCAGAGCAUCGCGCUGCUGCACAAGGACAGUCCGCCACACUCGCCGCACGUGCCCAGGUCACCCUCCAGCCGCUCCCGCAAGUCUUCGUCCGGCACCUCGCACGCGAAGCUCCGGGACUCAGGUGUGCUCGAUGAGAAACGGAGUCGCCGGGGAGCAGAAGACAAGGAUCGCAGGUCUACUAACAACGCACCAUCCAGAAAGAAUUCCUACAGACAGCAUCAAGAAAAGAAUCUGGAGGAGGAAGAGGAAGAGGAGGAAGAGGAAGAGGAAGAGGAGGAGGAGGAAGAGGAGGAGUUGCAGAAAGAGCCGGAAAUCAGUGUGUUCCUGCCCGGCGGCGCCACGUUAGGAGAGCUACUUUUGCGCACACAGCAGCACCACGAGGAGGAGGAGGAGGAAGAGGAGGAGGAAGAAGAAGAAGAGGAAGAGGAUGAAGAGAGGGAGUGGGAGGGCCGACGAAGACGUUCCUCUGACGGGCUGUCCACGGUGACCUCCGGGCCCUCGCGCUCCCACUCCCCGUCGCCCAGCAUCGCCUCCAGCGCCGCCGAGGCCGAGUCGUCGUCACGCGUGGAUGAAGACGAAGACAGCAUUUCCCUGCCGGGCACGUGGAGGACGGCCACCACCUCCACCACGCGCUCCGGGGAACACAUCCUCUCCUCCAGCUUCGAGUGGGAGGAGGAGGACGCCGAGGAACGGAAGAAGUCUAGAGAACGGUGGAGGGCCGUGCAAGAAGACAUAGAAAAGGAACCCGAGGCGCCCAAACCGAGAGGGAGGUGGCGAGUCUCGGUGGAGGACGCGGAUGACAGCGUCGUGCGGAAGCCCAAGAUGAGGUGGAAGGCCGUAGUGGACGAAGAGGACGAGGACGAGGACGAGGGGAAGGUAGAGGGAACGAAAACUCCAGUAGCUCAGCUGUCGCGGGAAGCAAGCAAGGAUGACUGUGAUGACUUCGUGACCGAGGUGACGGUGAUCCUCCCGUCAGCCCGCCGCGCCGCGAGGAACCUGAAGACCCGACGCAUCUCAGACACGCAGGUGGAGUACGAGAGUUUUGGCCAAAACAGUCUGGAGGAAAGCUUUGCCAACACCUUCAGUAAGCCUGUGUACGAUGACAAGCCGCAGGAGAGGAGCAAACUGUCCCGCAACCCGCCGGUGAGGAGGGCCGCCUCGCGUGAAGCUUCCAUGGACCCUCUCUGGCGAAGCCUCGAUACAACGCCCUCCACUGAAGCCUCCGGUGAUCACCACACGACGGAUAAAUCUCCAGACAUCUUUGUGCCCACUAAACGAACCAUUUUCACCGUUCAAGGGGGGAACAGAAACCCUGAUCAAGCUCGGGCGACUCCCACCUUUGUGGAGAGCCAGGAUGAGGAACUCGAGGCACGUGGUGGGGUUAAGAAAAACAGCGAAAGGCACCCUGAUACCGACUCUGAGGCCACCACAAAGAAAGCCAAACCGUGCGUAGGAGCAAAGAAGGACAGCAAAAAUAUGAACGGCCACCACAGCAAUACCCACUCGCCUGUAAAUGAACUUGAGAGUAUGACCAACAAACCUGAAACAGAAUCUUCCCUUGAGGCACCCGAGGGAGGCCAUGCAGACGAAAGAUUUCCUUCAGCUGACGAAGCUCAGAUGAAAGUUGAAAGUGAUGGACCUUUCACGGAAGUUACGUCUUCCUCAAACGAAACCAUGCAAGGGGAAACUGAUGAAGCCGAGGAACAAAUUCAAAUUCAAGAGGAUUCAUCGGACGACAAGAAGCCAGAGAGCUCUCAGAGUGUUGAAGAGCCCUCUCCUCCUACGUCUCAGCCUCUCACUAACGUCGCCAUCACCACCGCCCUCCUCCAGACGCCCACGCCCACGAGUCCUCCCAUCGAGUCCAAAAGGAAGGUUUUGGAGGCCGUCAAUGAGGGUGUUCCUGCAGUUCGAAAUAUCAUACAAAAGUUCAAUAAGCGCAUCACUGAAAACCAAGAAUUAUUAGGCAGUCCCUUCCGCUCCCCGCCCAGCAGCCCUCCGUGGCAGUCACCUCGGUCUCAAAGGAAAUUGUUGGCAGAUCUAAACUCAUGCCAAGGAAAAAUGGAUCAUGAACCUGCCUCAAAGAACUUAAAGUCCCAUUCUUCAGAGUCAGCUCAGCCCACGCCUGUCAGCCCCGCGAGUGGUGUUCACAAAUCCCAGAGUGCCUCAGUCAUCGUCUCCUGCCCAGAAUUGCCCCCAAGAGUUCAACGAUCAGCGAGUGGUUCCUGUGUGCAAGACGACAAAACUCAAACAAAUAACGUUAAAGUUAACAUUUCGACGGGACUCAUUGCCUCGCCGCAGCUCUCUAGGUUCAGAGGGCCGAGUCCUUGCGAAGGGUUGAGUUACUCGUCCAGUGUGAGUCCCACCGUCACCCCGGCCCCCACUGACCUCGACACCUCUUGCGAUUUAGAAAUAUCAGCAGACGACGCCGGACAACCUCAUGAUCGAUUAACGGGCGGCCUGAGACCUGAGAGUCGCAGUCCAGCAGCUCACAUCCGUGCACUCAGAAUUAAAAAGGCCAAGGAAGAGUUCCUCGCCCGCGGAGCAGGACUGCCGACCGCUGAACAGCGCCCAGGCGAUGCUAGUGAUUCAGUAAAGCUCAGACACAGAAGCGGCACGGCCAGCACGGAGGGCAGCUGGCGAGAGUCUGACGAGCUCUUCGCAGGAGCACCGUCAUCCACACCGACAGAAGGGAGCAGUCAAGAGAGAGAGGAAACUCGUGACAAACCACCAAGAGCCGCCUCUCGAAGACGAAACAUUCCAAAGAAAGAGUCAUUCCGUAGGCAGAGUGCUGGCUGCCUGAUAGAGGAGUCUGCUGCAGCCAAACACUCCUCCCCGGUCGUCAAAUCCUCUUCGUCAGGAGUGCUUGGCAACAUUAAGAGACAUUCAAGGUACUCCAUCGACUCUCAGUCCCCUGACAGGCGAAAAGAUUCUGUUGAUCCGUCCGGCGAACACCCGCGGUCGCCGCUUGGAAUAUUCAAACUUUUCCGGCGCCAUCGAAGCAAGGAUAAGCGGGACAUGCCCUCAGUACAAAAACUAUGCCGACAAAGUUUAUUGGUGGAUUUUGCCAACGGUAGAGGCCGCAACCAAAGUGCAUCUCCUCAGCCACGUCCCGAACACCCCCUCCGUGCCCUGCCCGAAAUGGAGGGCGAGGAAGUUCAAGAGGCUGCUGCCGCUCGGUCCUCAAAGACUCUCCCGCGAGGGAGUUCACUGGAGGUCGCAGCUCCUCUCGCACCCUCUCGCUCAUGUCCAUCGUCCCCUGUCGCGCCUCAUCGCUCCCGCACCGCCAACUGGCUGGCCCGCGGCCGCCAGAUAUUCAAGAGUCGCUCUCCCUCGCCUGGAAAAAAGGCGCGGUGACCCUUGGCCUCAUGCUGCCCUUCAUGACUCUAUAAAUAGUGAAGGACGGAAUUUUGUGAAUAUUCUACAGCGGUGCCAUCCACAGGGUGCUCGGGAGUACAGCGGCGAGGAUCUAGAUAGUCAGGCAGAGGAAUGGACCCUCUUCCCAUAUCCACCAAAGGCACGCCCCUCCUGCUGCAGAGUAACCAGUAACGAAGGACACCGUAACGAACAGACACAAUACAAGAAAGGUGUAAAGCAUGUACAGGAAAAUGUGACGAAAGUAGAUCCUAUUGUCUAAACAAUGAUCAUGGGUUUGCCUUAAUCUUUCACUAUUGGUGGACUGUGUCCGGGAAGCAGAUCAUGAUACUCCAGCGGCCAAUAUACGCCAUUGUGCCAUUACCUUAUUGUGGGUCAUCAGCCAUUGCCUCAGAUGAAUCCUAUAAGGACCAGUGGUUUAUAAAAAGAGUUUUCUGGUGUUCCAGAACCCCCCAUCAAGCCCGGUCAUUGCUUGAGCUCACCACACACCAUGGUAACCUCAGCCCCCGCUUACACAUUACAUCUUCAACCUCGGAUUACCUCCUGUUAUUCAAUACAGAUGGUGUCGAAUGGGAUUUUUCAGUAAUUUGGAAACCCCGUACUCGACUUCUGGAAGCACCCCUGAUUUGGACCACGGCCAACCUCCAAGUUAUGUUGAAGAUACUCUAAGGCAGGAGUAGGUGGCAGCUGCUGGAACACAGUCAGUCAAUGACAGGAUGCAUAGAUAGUACUCCAUGCAAGAAACAUUUGUUAAUGGAGUUUAGAAAAGAGGUAAAAUUGCACUAUCAGGCUCACCCUCGACCACAAAGCUCAGGUGAGUGGCCUGUCUGUCAAGGACGUGUGCCCCUCGGCCUGGCUCAGCCGUUACGUCACUGUGUUGCGUGUUUCCGGUGUUGUCGGAGCUUUGGUCAGCGCGGCGAUCUGCCUCUGCAGUCCAGACGAAUGUUUGUGUUAAGAAUAUUUAUACUGUGAAUAUAAAUUCUUUUCUACGUU